AUUUAUCUUGAUAGCAUGGUGAUUGUUCAUAGGAAUGAGAUCUGCGAAUGCAGAUAAAAUGGUGGCUAAAAAGGUGGUGGAACUAUGCUGGAAAGAGGUUACACCGCAAAAUGAUUUAAUUUUUGCUGUCAAAAAGCUUCAUAUAUUAAGUUCUAAGGAUCUUGGCAAGCUAAUAAGAGAUGCCAUGAAUGGUAUCAUUAAAUAUACUAUAAAUGGAUCAUCUUUUGAGAUAAAUGUGGAAAAUCUAGGAAGACCUCUUGUCCAGCACAUAAUGAAAGAUAUUGUUUCAUCACUUAAGCCAGAUAAGCAGCAUUUCAAAUAUUUGUUAAGUGGUUUAAGAUUAUUGCAUACUCUAUGGAAUAUUGCAUCCCACCACUCAACACUUGCGCGGAAGGCUCUGUUCUUCAAAUUGAAGGAACAUCUGGUGCCAAAGAUGCUGAACCAGACUCUAUACUUAAAGCCAGAGACUCUGGGAAGCUGCCACAACUAACUUGGGUUGAAGUUGGAAGAGGCUUGGAUGAUAUAUCAGGUCCACAAUUGAGUGGGCGUGGUCAUUUGGUCAAGUAACACUUCGAAAGCUGACGGGUCACCAUCUACGUCAAACGGG